GUGGAUGCGGCUGCUGUAGUUGUUUCUGGUGGUUUCUUUGUUGCUGCGGAAGUUGUGGUACCGAUUAUUGUCGAUAUAGUAGUGGUAGCAAUUGUUGCUUUCAUUGCCUUGAUUGCUGUUUCGGAUGUGAUUGCUGUGAGAAUGGUUGUGGAUGCU